AUGAGUGUAAUGGUUAACUCGACUCUGGCCACUUUGAUCUUAAAAAAAACCUUGAUCGGAGACAACGGAGCUCAGGCGCUGGCUGAGGCACUCAAGACCAACUCGACUCUGACCACUUUAAAAAUGAGUUACAACUCGAUCGGAGACAACGGAGCUAAGGCGCUGGCUGAGGCACUCAAGACCAACUCGACUCUGACCACUUUGGACUUGACUGGCAACUCGAUCGGACCCAACGGAGCUCAGGCGCUGUCUGAGGCAUUCAAGACCAACUCGACUGUAGCCAUUUUGGGUGUAUAA